CGCUCGCAGUGUAAGCGCACGCAUUAAGUGUCUGACAAGUGUAUCACAAGUGUUUCAAAAUGGUGAAGUUCGAAGGAGAUUUCAGUAUUAAUUCAAUACUAAUGAACAAACCGGCGCCUCCGCCGUCGCCAACCACCUCGUCGACGGGCGCUUCGCCCUCCGAGGCUGAUCUGAGCGACUCCGAGCUGGAUGUGACGGGCACGGAGCCCGUUGACUGCACUAAGCCUAAAGACGACGACGACAAGAAAGACAAGAAGCACGAGAAACCUGCUUACAGCUACAACGCUCUCAUCAUGAUGGCCAUCCGCAACAGUCCCGAGAAGCGCCUGACGUUGAACGGAAUCUACGAGUACAUCAUGACCAACUUCCCGUACUACAGGGAAAACAGGCAGGGCUGGCAGAACUCCAUCCGCCACAACCUCAGUUUAAAUAAGUGCUUUGUGAAAGUGCCCCGACAUUAUGACGACCCCGGCAAGGGCAACUACUGGAUGCUGGACGCUUCGGCCGAAGAUGUGUUCAUCGGUGGCACGACGGGCAAGCUGCGCCGUCGCUCCGCGCUCAAUGGCCGCUCCCGGCUGGCCUGCUUCAAGCGGCCGCUGUUCCCCGGCGCAGCACUGCCUGGGGCUUAUCCUCCCGCAACGUACUCCCAGCUUGUGGGCCUAUACUCGCAGCUAUUGUAUCAGAGGUAUGCGCCGAUGCAAAUGAAGACUCCUCCCGUGACGCCGAGCGCAGUGCACCCAGCCUUCCGGGGCGACGCGAUGGGCUACGGCAGCCUGCCGUACUCCCCCGCGCUGUACGACCGCUUGCCGUCGGGCCCAUUCCUCGGGCAGUCGCCACUGAUGCAGAGCUCGCAGCUGGGCCUGGCGCAGCCGGCACCGCUGCUGCCGCCGUCGCCGCCGCUGCUGGCGUCGCCCACGCCGUCGGGCGCGUCCAGCCCCGAGCUGCCGUCGCCCUCGCACCACCCCCUCACGCCGCACAUCUACAAGCCCGUCACGGUGCUCACGCGGCAGUGAUCUUGCAGCAAUCUCAUAGAGGCUCUACCAAAUAGACUGACGCAAAGGUCGGGAGACAUUAUUAUUUAUCUGUGAUUUAGUUGUUAGUGUAGACAAAUGUUAAUGGACCAGUGGAGUUGAGAGGAAAUCUCUGUAGUGCGCAAUAUUAGCUGGUUGACACCUCUCCUAGCAUUCCGCCGUUGUAUUGUCAUUAUCUGUAAAUAUUUCCAAAGCUGUAUAUUUAUUGAAUAGAUUAUAGGAUUAAGAUAAAAG